UGCCGCGGAAGCCGGUAUGGUGUCUCGUUGAGAGAAAGUGUCAGGUAUGUCCGUGAUGUCUCGAGGUUCGCCCUGGUGCUGGACCGCGCCAGGGACGAGGAAAUCCACUGUUUGUCUGGCACUCGCCAUCCUCGUCGGUUUGUUAUCGCGAGGUGUCGUCGCUGAGAAGAGUAAAAAAUAUCAGAUGAGCGACGUAUGCAAGAAGUACUUCAUGGGGGAUCUCUAUAGAAAGACAGAAGGGGCCGUUCUAAUAUCGCAAAACGAGAGGGAUCUAGACUGCACGAUCACGUUCCAAACGCACAGUAUCCUUCAGCGAUUUAUGCUACGUUUCGACCAGCUGCAACUGGAUUGCAACGAUCAUCUGUACAUCUACGAUGGCGCGCACGCGGUCAGCAGUUACAAGGCGGACCUGUCCUGCAGGAACACGAAGCAGACUGUGGGCGCGAUUUAUACCCGCACGAACUUUGUGACACUGAAAUACAUCACCGACUCCUGGGGCACCAACGCAAACGGCUUCCGUCUCGUUAUCACCGCAGUCAAGGAUCCUAAACACACCUGCAAAGACUUCCGGUGCACCCAGAACGAGUUCUGCAUCGAAACGGACCUUAUUUGCGACGGGGUGAAUCACUGCGGCGACGGUUCUGACGAGGCCACCUCGAACCUCUGUGCCAACUCCGAGGUGUCUACGAUCCUGGGCAUGCAGACGACCUGGUUCGCGGUCGCCCUAAUUUUUCUGAUACUGAGCGUAGCGGGCCUGGUCACGGCGGCAGUUCUCUGCUUUUGCAGACAACGCGCCGCGACCCCCAGGCUCCCUCACAACGCGCACAACGCCCAGACUCAUCCUCCGGUCAGCUUCCCAUGGAUUCCGGGCUCGUCGAGGCGCUACGUGCUGAUCCAACGUCAAGUUUCCCUCGCGGCUCGCUCGCUAGUUUCGCGCGGACAGUCGAGCGGAAUCGCCGAGAGGCUUCGAUCCUCGCGACCAGUCGUUCCUAUCAACAUGGACCUUUGGAUCCUUCGGAAAGCGAUCGCGGCGUGUCUGGCGAUGAUCGUUCUGACGUCCGGAUCCGCAAUGGCAGACCAAACGCAGCCGUUCGUCGUGAGCAACACGCUAGACCAAGGCUCGCCAGGGAGGGACUACUUCAUAGGCCCGUGUCUGGUGAACAGCAACCAAACGUGCCCUGACAAGGAGGUGACGUUCUUCCUGUACACCCAGAGGAACCUCGAGGUGGGCCAGCAGAUCCUGGUGGACGAGAUCGGCUCGAACUUGGGGGACACGAACUUCGUGUCAUCGAAUCCAACGAAAUUCAUCGUCCACGGUUAUGACUCUGACAUGCAACUGUCUUAUUUGGUAGACGUGCGCACGGAGUACCUGAAAAGCUACGAUUACAACGUGAUCGCGGUGGAUUGGCACCGUUUGGCCCAGGCGCCCUGUUACCCGAUCGCAGUUCGUAAUGUGCAGCACGUGGGCGACUGCGUGGCACAGAUGGUUCGAAGAAUCAGGGACGCUGGCGCGGUGGACAUACACGCGAUCGGGUUCAGUCUCGGGGCGCACGUGCCUGCGUACGCCGCGAACGCUCUGCGUCCUUACAAAAUGCCCAGAAUCACCGGUUUGGACCCAGCCAUGCCUCUGUUCGUCACCACGGAUAAGGACCACAAGCUGGACGCGUCCGAUGGAGAGUUCGUCGACGUUUACCAUACGAACGCGUUCAUCCAGGGUAAGGUCGAGAUGAGCGGCGACAUAGACUUCUACAUGAACGGAGGCAUCAACCAGCCAGGCUGCUGGGAGGACGGGAACAACCCAUUCGGCUGCGACCACCACAGGGCGGUCAUGUACUUCGCCGAGUCCAUAAACACGAAAGUAGGUUUCUGGGGCUGGCGUUGCGGAGGAUUCGUCCCUUAUCUCCUGGGCCUCUGUCCGCCGAGGUACCCAGCCGUUUUGGCCGGCGAUAAAGUGGACGAGAGAAACAGGGGCUUUAAUUUGGUGAGGACCAACUCGAAGAGCCCGUACGCCAUGGGUAAUUUCACCGUGAACCGGUUGGAUAUGUCGUAUAUGUAAGGCUGAAGGACCCACGGUGUUAAUGUCGAGAGAUAAGGCUGGUUCGAUAACGUACCACGGCGGACGCAAUUCUUCGUCCCCGAUCGGGACCAAACGGGACACGCGUGGCGGAAUCGAACCGAACGAGAGUUUCCGGCCAAUUCUUGGGAGAAAGUUCGCCAGACUCUCUGAGAGUUCGCCGACUGAGGAACGUGUUCUAUACGAAGGUCAGGGAAACCCGAGCACCCGGUGCCCCGCUAAUCGAUAUUUCGUUCGACAAGGAAAAAGAAACCGAGCGAGGCUAAACUGGACGAUUUUAUUUCAGAUUUAAAUGGCUGGGCCCGGAGGUGAAACGAGUUUUUUUAGAGUUUUGGUACAUAUAUGCGUUUCGGUGCUUUGUUGUUAAAUUUAUUCGGCAGCAUUCUGUGAACAAUGAAAGGACUUUUGUUAACAGUGAGAAUAUUUUAGAAUGUUUAAUUAAAAAUAGAUUUCUUGUAUUAUUUAU